UCUGUGGUUUGUUGUUGAUUGUGUUUGUGUUCUGUUGUGCGUGCUCAUUAUUAAAAAAAAAUUAUUGUAUUAUUUUAAUAAAGAUUCACUUUUCAUAAUUAUUUUAUGGUCUAUAUAUCUAUGUUUUAUUGUUUAUUGAUUUUGAUUAAGUAGAUAUCCAUAUCGUAAGCUUAAGCUAUUUUCCUAGCCGCGGCAGUUUAAGUGGGUGAGCGUGAUUGUGUUAGAGAAAACAAAUAUUGGAAAUGCGCUGUUGUGUGCCUUUCUGCAGGAACACUGCGGACAAUGUGCGCUCAGCAAAGGGCAGGCACGAGGGAAUCACUUUCCACAGUUUCCCCAGUGAAGAACAUCUACGUGCAGCUUGGCUCCAAGCUCUGGGCAAAGAGGACACUCCGCUGCCAGACUCUGCUGUGGUCUGCUCACAGCAUUUUCUAAGUGAUGACAUCAGUGAGUCAGUCAGUGGCUCGAAACAGAUUGUCCUGGGAGCUGUUCCUUCAACAGUGCUGGUUUGCAUGAUGUGCCUGGACACAGACAGCAAGCAGGUUCUAAUGAGUAAAUACAAGUUGGAUGAAGCAUAUGAAGAAUUUAUUGGUUUUCCUGUGUGUGAUCUAAGCAGUCUGAAACAAACACUGUGUGUACUGUGUGCUCACAGACUGAUAAACGUCAGCAGAUUUAGAGACAACAGCUUGAGAGCUCGCUCACUGAUGAAGGACUUAGUUGAGAAACACAAUCUUAUAACAAUGCGACAUGUGAAAAUGAUGAGCAGGGAGACAAAUCUACUAAAGAGUAGAUUUGUGAUGACCACCCCGGGGCCUGACCAGUGCGACUUGCACAUUGUAGAAGAACUCAAUGAAGACAAACAAACAGAAUCAAAUGAAAUUAUUCACAAAGACGAAGAAACAUUUGUAGUGAAAUCUGAAGGAAAUUGUGACUAUGUGUUGGUGGAUGAACACAUGGAAGUGGGACAGUACCCAGUGUCUGAUGAGAUAGUGUUGGAAUCAAAACUACUGGGCGAUGCUCUGCAGGAGGCUGCAUCUGUGGAGCAUGUGACCAGGGUACGGGAUCUGAUCAAGUAUGAAAGCGAUACCUUCGAGUGCUCACUUUGUUCUGAGGUGUUUCUCCAAGAACAAGAGUAUGAUGCUCACAUUAUGAGUACGCAUCUUCAGCAUGGUGACGGUGACAGUGAGUGUGUGACAGCCGAUAGCACUGAUCAGGAUAUUGCUGAGCACAAGCACGCACUUCAGAUUCUCGAUGAUAACUGUACUCCCUCUGCAGAAGUAGUUCAAUAUUCAGUCGCUCCUCCUCUGCUUUCGAUACUCACAAACAAAGAAGCUGACACAAUCAUCAAAAGUGAUCCAGUACUUGAUAUUAACAACUGCAGAUUAGACAACCUCUCGUCUGAUACCAACAAUCAAGUAGCCAACACAGACAUUAGUGCAUUCACAAACAGUCGAUCGCAGACACAACGAUCUGGAGAAUGUGUCAUCUCUUGUGACAGGCCACAUGUUGACACUGCAUCUACAGAGUCUCAUUGUCAGACAACAAGUGCACUUGCACACACACACACAGACAAUAUGCUUACUCACACCGGUGAUAAGCCUUAUUCUUGUAACAUAUGUCAAUAUAAAUGUAAACGGAAAAGUCACUUAAUUAUUCACAUGCGUACUCACACUGGUGAGAAGCCUUAUUCCUGUAACUUGUGUGAAUAUAAAUGUAACCAAAAUUGCCAAUUAGUGAUCCACAUGAGAACUCACACUGGUGAAAAGCCUUAUUCUUGUGAGUUGUGUGAAUAUAAAUGUGGAGUAAAAAUUAGCCUAGUAAGACACAUGUCAUUACAUAGUGGUGAAAAGCUCUACGCUUGUAAUAUAUGUGAUUAUAAAUGUAACAAAAAUAGCCAAUUAGUAAUCCACAUCAGAACGCACACUGGUGAAAAGCCUUAUUCUUGUAAGUUGUGUGAAUAUAAAUGUAAAGUAAAAAGUAGCCUAGUGAGACACAUGUUAUUACAUACUGGUGAAAAGCCUUAUUCUUGUAAUUUAUGUGACUAUAAAUGUAAUGAAAAUAGUAGCCUAGUAAAACACAUGAGAAUUCACACUGGUGUAAAGCAUUACUCUUGUAAAUUCUGUGAAUACAUAUGUAACCAAAAUAGGCACUUAGUAACCCACAUGCGUUCUCACACUGGUGAAAAACUUUAUUCUUGUAAGUUAUGUGAAUAUAAAUGUAAUGGAAAGAAUCGCCUGGUUAUUCACAUGCGUACUCACACUGGUGAAAAGCCUUAUUCUUGUAAGUUAUGUGACUAUAAAUGCAACGAAAAUGGUAGCCUAGUAAUACACAUGAGAGUUCACACUGGUGAAAAGCCUUAUUCUUGUAAGUUCUGUGAAUAUAAAUGUAAAGUAAAAAGUAGUCUAAUUACUCACAUGCGUACUCACACUGGUGAAAAGCCUUAUUCUUGUAACUUGUGUGAAUUUAAAUGUAAUCGAAAUAACAACUUAGUUAUCCACAAAAGAACUCACACUGAUGAAAAGCCUUAUUCUUGCGAGUUGUGUGAAUAUAAAUGUAGAGUUAAAAUUAGCCUAGUAAAACACAUGUUGUUACAUACUCGUAAAAAGCGCCACGCUUGUAAACUAUGUGGUUAUAAAUGUACGCAAAAUAGCCACUUAGUAGUCCACAUGCGUAAACACACUGGUGAUAAGCCUUAUUCUUGCGAGUUGUGCAAUUAUAAAUGUAAAGGAAAAAGUGGCCUAGUUAGUCACAUGCGCACUCACACUAGUGGAGGGCCUUAUUUAUUCUUGUGAGUUGUGUGAGUACAAAUUUUCACACUGUGGUAAUCUUCAGCAGCACAUGAUCAUGCUCACCAGCAGGGGCCUGUAACACACCCACACAAAGCUAGGUUCAUUCACACAUACAGCUCUCGCAAGUUAAAUGAACACUGGCACAGGUCAGUGUGUGAGUGAGCGUUUAUAAUGGUGUGCAGUUGUGUUAGCUGUACUCGUAGAAGCGAAUGUGAGUAGGUAGGUAGGUAAGGCAAAUUUUUAGUCAGAUUGUUUUUUGAAUCGUCAGGAAAAUUUUAGUUGUGCUUAAGUUUAAGUUGCGCGCCACUAUAUUUGUAAUGCAGCGGAAGGGAAGCAAAGAGAGCGCCGCUAUUGAUCGGCAAUAUGUCAUUUUGUCUCUUGACAUUUACCACUUUAUAAAAUGGUACACUCCUUAGUUAUGACAAAGUUAAAUACUUUGAAUUGUAAUUUUAUUAUUGAUCAAUUAAAUAAUUAUGUAGGUACUAUGAAUUAGUAUUAAUUUUAUUUAUUAACUUUUGUCUGUAUGUAUUUCAAAUGGUUGCAUAUAUGAAAUAAAGAUAUUAUUAUUUUAUAAAUUG